AUGUAUAGAAAUUUAUUGAAAUUGCGCUACGCCUAUCAAUAAUAACCAACACAGUUAACUCCUAUAAAAAUGACUGUGAGAGAAGCAAUCAAUCUGGCCAUGGAUGAAGAACUUGCCAAUGAUCCAAAUGUUUUUCUGAUAGGCGAAGAAGUUGGGCAAUAUCAAGGGGCUUAUAAAGUGUCAAAGGGGCUGUUCCAAAAAUAUGGAGGAGAAAGGAUUAUUGAUACACCAAUAACUGAGGCUGGGUUCACAGGAAUCUCAGUUGGAGCUGCUCUUUAUGGAUUAAAGCCAAUAGUUGAAUUUAUGACAUGGAAUUUUGCUAUGCAAGCUAUUGAUCAUAUAAUAAAUUCAGCAGCCAAAGCUCAUUAUAUGAGUGCUGGUGAUUAAAAGGCAUCCAUUGUUUUUAGAGGAAUUAAUGGAGCAACUGCAUAUGUGGCUGCCCAACAUUCUCAAUGUUUUGCUUCUUGGUAUAGUAACGUCCCAGGAUUGAUAGUGUUAUCUCCGUAUGAUUGCGAUGAUGCAAAAUCAUUAUUGAAGGCAGCAGUCCGUAAUCCUAACCCUGUUGUAUUUUUGGAGAACGAAAUUCUAUACAGUGAAUCAUAUGAAUUAUCUGCAGAAGCCAGAGAUCCAAAUUACAUUGCUCCAAUUGGAAAGGCUAAGAUAAUGAGAAAAGGAGAACAUGUUACAAUUGUGGCAUUUUCGAAAAUGGUCGAAUAUUCACUUAGAGCUGCUGAAUAACUAUUUCGAGAGGGCAUUAGUUGUGAAGUCAUUAAUUUAAGAAGUUUAAGGCCAUUAGAUAGAGAAACUAUUAUUGAGAGUGUAAAGAAAACAGGAAGAGUGGUUUGUGUGGAAGAAGGAUGGCCAUAAUCUGGAAUUGGAGCUGAGAUCACUGCUCAUAUUAUGGAAGGAGGAGCUUUCAAAUAUCUGGAUGCUCCAAUCUAAAGAGUCACAGGUGUUGAAAUACCAACACCAUAUGCUUUCAAUUUAGAAGCCAUAACAUUUCCAAAAACAGAACAAAUUGUUGAUGCUGUCUUAACAGUAUUAAAAGGAGCUCGUUGA